AUGCCAGCGGCCAUUGACGUUAUCCCCGACAGUGAUAGCGAUGUUGCCGAAAUCGUGGAUGUGCUAGACAGCGACGAUGAGGAUGAUGUCGCGGAAGUUAAUCCAUCAGGAGCCCCCCCGCUGAGCUUCCACGGGUACCGUCGCGGACGUGAGCUUGGGCAGGGAGGCUCGAGCCAGGUUUUCGUUUGCAGCAAGGUUGGUUGUCAAGUAGGCUUCGCGGCCAAAGCGGUGAACCUCCGCAGACUUCGCAUGAGUCCCGAUGUCGAGCGAGAGCUGAAAAAACUUUCCCGGGAGGUAGACAUUUGGAAAAAGUUGCCUGUUCACCCGAACGUGGUUCAGUUGGUGGACUCGUUCCAGGAAGGAUCUUGGUUCCUGAUGGUGUUGGAGCUGGUCGGUGGCGGGGACUUGUUUACGGUUCUCACAUCCAGAUCGCCAUCGCGCUUUCUGGAUCGUGAGGCUGCUUAUGUUGGCACUCAGCUGGUGCAAGGCCUCGCCUUUCUUCACAGCCAGGGUGUCAUACACAGAGAUUUGAAACUUGAGAACGUGCUGGUUGCUUCCCAACGACGCGCCUACACCAAUGGGCCUAUGCUUUACAAUGUCAAGAUUACGGAUUUUGGACUGUCGAGAGUUUUGGACCCUAGCGCGUCCGAUGCCUUGUCCACUGUCGGCACGCAGCCGUACUGUGCUCCGGAAGUGCUCGGUGAAGGGUCCCACAGUUUCAGUGCAGACGUUUGGUGCCUGGGGGUGCUGCUGUUUGUGUUGAUCGCUGGGCAUUUCCCCUACAACAUUGUGCCGACCGAGCAACUGGACCUCGACCGAAUAGUCCUCAACAGCGCAGCCACACAAGCUGCCAAGGCCGUAUUGCUCGGACUGCUGCAGAUACAGCCGCAGAUGAGGAGCAGCUUGCCUGACCUCAUCAUUCAUCAGUGGUUUCAAGAGGAGGAAGACCUGGAAGCACAGCCUUUGAAGCGCCACAGAAAGCAAGAACUCAGUGACGUGGGCAGUGCACCGGCUAAUCUCGUUGAGAACCAGGCGCCGCAGACCAUCGAAGAGGUGGAGACGUCGCAACAAUCUCCAUGCGAUUCGCCUUUCCCAGGCUCUCCGUUUCCUUGCGAGUCACCGCUGCCCUGCCCAUCGCCUUUGCCAACAGCUUCACCACUGCCUGCUGCAUCACCGCUGGAUAUGGAAGGAAUCGCCUCGCCGGGCGUUUGGACGCCGUUUGCAGUGGAAGCCUCUGUGAAGCUGAGCGAAGUGCAGUCCCCUGCUGACCUGCAGCCUGACUACAUGCAGGUUCACAUCAUCAUUCAAGACCGGUAUGCGGGCUUCAUCCUGGGAAAGAGUGGCACCAGAAUCCAAAAGACAGCGUUCAAGAGCGGCUGCAAGGUUUGGAUGACUUCACGGGAUGGUGAUCAGGAUCGUCGCGUCAUCGUUAUUGGUGGCUACAAGCAGUGCAAGUUGGCACAACAGAUGAUCCACGAGCAGCUCGCGACUGCCAUGCACAUGGACUGGCAAGAUGCCGAAGCCGACACCGUCCUUCUUGUUCGCGCCGAUGCUGCAGGCAUGGUGACCGGCAAGCAAGGCUUCGUUCUCAAUCAGAUCCGGAAGCAGUCCGGAGCAAAUGUCCAGCUGCUGCGCGAUGAAGUGCAAGGCACGCGACCUUGCAUAAUCAGCGGCACACUGCACAGUAUCCUCAAGGCUCAGAAGCACAUCUUCGAGUUGGUGCGAGCUGUGCCGGUUGCGAUCCGUCCUGCCACUCCGAAUUUGCGCCCAUCGCAGCACCCCUUCGCCGGAUGA